AUGAACUCGACACCGAUCACGCAUAGUGGCGUCGGCCAACCUGCUGAAGAUGCAAGAGGUGCUGCUGCUGUCAGCAAGAGCACAAGCGGCAGCAAAAGAAGCAGCAACAACCACAAUGCCAUGAUGCCCCCAGGCACGCAGAUACGCGUCAGCUGCUGCGUUAUUGCAGGGCCUCUGGCGGACCCCCCAGCUGAGCUGCUGCAGGUAUUGGCUCUGUUCACGAGCCCUCUGUGGCUGCAUCAGGUGCUCCCUGGUCUCGCUGCUGCUGCAGCUCAGCUGCAUACUUGCAGCAUCAUUAGGGGCAGCGAUGCGCAGCACUUCAGUCAACUCCAGCAGCGCGUGAAGCUGUUGCUGCAGCUGCAGAAGUUACAGCAACAGCAGCAGCAGCUGUUGCAUGAGCUGAAACGGGUCGUGCAGCUGCAGCAGCAGCGGGUCGCGCAGCAGCAUGCUGUCGUGAGUUCAUUGCGUGCAGCUGCUGAGCACCGGCAACAGCAGCAACUGCAGCUACUGCGGGAGCAGCACCUUAAAACAAGGCAGCAGGAACGCCAGCAGGCCAGAUGGGAGCGUCUGCUGCAGCGACGAGUGCAGCAGCAGGAAAUGGAGGCUGAGGCGAAUAAGAGCAGGCUGGCUAUUCUCUCGAGUGCAUGCGGAGCUCUUGCCUUCUCGUACGAACACUUCAAGCAAUCCGUGCUGCGUCAGCUGCUGCUGCCGCAGCUGCUGCAGCAAGACCUGCUGCUCCGCCGCAUUGAGAUGCUGCUCCAACGCUGCCGCCGAAUAGGCUUCCUCCGCCGCCAGCUGAAGAAGGCGAGCAGCAGCAGCAGCAGCAGCAACACCGGACGUGAGGUGCCGGCUCAGCAACAGGAGCCGCAGCAGAACGAGCAGCAGGAGCCGCUGCGGGGGGAGGUGAUGACAUCGCUAGCGUACGGCGUUAAUGAGCUACUUGCAGUUCUGAGGAUGCGUGCAUAA